GAACAUCACCUCCUUAUAAAUGGCUCCCUUAAUCGAUAACAACGUCAACUCUUUGUUUGAGUUUGUCGUUAGAGAUGGUAAGGGCGUCAAGGGCCUUGUGGAUUUGGGUAUAUCUACUGUGCCUGAGCAGUACAUCCAGCCUCCCAAGGAGCGGAUCUCCCUCGAAAAGUUAGCAGUGAUCGGUCCGGCCCAUCAACCAAUCGACUUGUCGGGUCUUGAUGGGCCGAACCGAGAUGAGGUCGUGGAGGCCAUAGUCCAUGCGGCCGAGACGCUAGGGUUCUUCCAAGUGGUGAACCACGGGGUUCCCUUGAGAGUUUUGGACACGCUCAAGGACACAGCCCACAUGUUCUUCGCGCAAGAGGCUGAGAAAAAGGCAAUUUAUUUAAAGGAAGUGAGCCCUAGUCCAUUAGUGAAGUAUGGGACUAGCUUUCUCCCCGAAAAAGAGAGAGCUCUCGAAUGGAAAGAUUACAUUAGUAUGAUGUAUACUAACGAUGAUGAAGCCCUUCAACAAUGGCCCGACAAUUGCAAGGAGGUAGUGUUGGAGUACUUGAAGGCUUCAAACAUAUUGGUUAGGAAGCUUGUGGAGAUUCUAAUUCAACGGCUUGAAUCGAAACGAGAGGUGCCCGAUGGGCUAAUAGGACUUAAGAUGGUAAACAUGAACUUCUACCCGGCCUGCCCUAACCCCGAGCUUACCGUGGGGGUUGGCCGCCACUCAGAUAUGGGCACCAUAACGGUUCUUUUACAAGAUGGUAUUGGUGGCUUAUACGUAAAACUCGAGCAAGAAACAAAUGAUCAUGAAUUCGAACAUGAACCACAAUGGAUGGAAAUUCCUCCUGUGGAUGGUGCUUUGGUAAUUAAUAUCGGCGAUUCUUUGCAGAUACUAAGCAAUGGAAAAUAUAAAAGCGCUGAGCACCGUGUUCGCACCACUAGUAAAGAAUCAAGAGUAUCUAUUCCGGUGUUUACAGCUCCUCAUCCAACAUAUCGUAUUGGACCACUUCCUGAAUUAGUGAAACUCGAUGGAGUUGCACGUUACAAGGAAGUCUUGUUUGGAGAUUACAUGAAAAACUUCUUCGGAAACACUCACGAUGGAAAGAAAUCGCUUGAAUUUGCUCGAGUCGAUGACUCCCCUUGAAUUUUUCAUUUCGGUCAAAUUCUACUUAAUUUGCAUCUUGAAUUAAUAUAACGUUUAAAUUCUCCUACAACAACAAAAUGAAUAAAAUAAACUUGUUUUGAG